AUGAAGCUUGAGCACUUGUCUGUAACGCCAAAAGCCAUCACCAGAGAUGACAAUUCACACAUCGACCAGCUGCUCGUAGCUGGCCCGGGACACGAUGCAGUGGAAGCAUUGCAAUCUGUUAAGCACCGCAUCGACAAGGACACGACGGUAUGCCUGAUGACAGAUGGGCUGGGUGUCCUGGAAGAGGUGAGGCAGCGGAUUUUUCGUGGGACCGAAUCGAGCCCUAGCUUCCUCCUUGGCCAUAUGAGCCACCGGUUGGCCUUUAACCGGGGCCAAGAUUCGGUCAAGGAACUGCGGUUCGGGAAGACGCAGCUGACGUUUGGUGAUUUCGGCCGCGAUAUGGAAAAGACGGAGACGAGGAUGAACUUUGUAAAGGCCCUGCAAGGCGUCAAGGACCUCAACUCAUCCCUAACACCGUUUGACAAGUGGCUCCAUUUCAAGCUCCCGUCAGUCAUCCUGGAUUCCGUUGUGGAGCCUGUCUGCGUCCUAUUAGAGAUUCCGUAUGCCGGACUCUUGCGAAAUCCUGCUGCCCAGCGGAUGAUGCACCGGCUGCUGACAGAGAUUGUCUCGGUGGUGGAUUCCAUGCCGGAAUUGGAGGGUUCCGCAGCGAUACGCGACUUCAUCCGCGGCAAUCGGAUCAAGCAGCUCAUCUACAGCCGCAUCAUGGCGAGGCGGAGCGUCCCAUCGGUCGAGCUGGAGCGGCAGAUCCAAAACGGCCUGCCCACAGACGUCGACUACCUCAACGGCUUCUUCAUACGGCGCGGCCACGAGCUGGGCAUCCAACUGCCGACCAACAUCAUGAUGAGGGACAUGAUCAAGGCCAAGCACUCGCUGGCCAUUGAGAGGCUCAACUCGUACAUCCGGAAAGCUCGUCUUGAGCAGCUCAAGGCGCAGGGAGGCGGUGGUGGAGGCUCUCGCAAUGGCGGCGGUUCAGGCCAGGACGGAGAGAGACAGAGACAACAAGCAGACGAAGCCCGGCAGCAGAUGCUCAACCAGAUCCUCCACCCCGAGGCCGCUGACCGUCUCGGCCGCAUCCGACUCGUCAAGGAGCAGCGCGCAAUCGACAUCGAGAACCGUCUCCUCACGCUGGCGCAGACGGGCCAGCUGCGGCAGAAGGUGACGGAGGCGCAGCUCAAGGACCUGCUGACAGCCGUGGCGGACAACCAGGAGCAGGAGAAGAUUGUUGUGAGCAGGCGAAAGGGCUGGGACGACGACGAUGAUGACUUGUUGGAUUUGUGA